CAACCAAAUUCAGAUCUAAUUACAUACGUCGAAUCAUUCAAAUCUUAUUGUAGAGGUUCGACGAAACGGCUAAAUCCGACCCGUAAUAUCCAUUUGAGAAGUCACCUAAUCCAGUACGUCGUCGUUUUCCUCUCGCUUAAACCCUAAACCCUUGUAAAAUCCGAAACAUUUCCACUACCCAUUUUUUCAUUUUUUUUCUCAGCUCUGCGUCUUCUUCAAUGGCGUCAAUUGCUUUUAGAAGCUCAAAUUCAAAGCGAUUGCUUGCAGUUUCACCUCAAUUAUACUCUUCAUGCUGUAGAGGAUCGGUGCCAGCUCAAUUCUCACUCUCCGAAACCAUAAAUGCAAAUGAAGCUCCUGCAUUUUGUAACCAUCCAUGGUGGAGAUCCAUGGCUACCUUCACUCGAACAAAACCUCAUGUUAACGUGGGAACUAUCGGCCAUGUUGAUCAUGGAAAGACUACUCUCACAGCUGCAAUUACAAAGGUUCUAGCAGAAGAAGGAAAAGCAAAGGCUGUUGCUUUUGAUGAAAUCGAUAAAGCCCCUGAAGAGAAAAAGAGAGGAAUUACUAUCGCUACGGCCCAUGUGGAGUAUGAGACUGCUAAAAGACACUAUGCUCAUGUUGAUUGCCCUGGGCACGCAGAUUAUGUUAAAAAUAUGAUUACUGGAGCUGCCCAAAUGGAUGGUGGUAUUCUAGUCGUAUCUGCCCCUGAUGGACCCAUGCCACAAACAAAGGAGCAUAUUCUGCUUGCACGCCAGGUAGGUGUACCAUCACUUGUGUGCUUUCUGAACAAGGUUGAUGCUGUUGAUGAUCCAGAACUCCUGGAACUUGUUGAAAUGGAACUCCGAGAGCUGCUUAGUUUCUACAAAUUUCCUGGGGAUGACAUCCCUAUCGUUCGUGGUUCAGCUCUUUCUGCAUUACAGAGUACAAAUGAAGAAAUUGGGAAAAAAGCUAUUCUGAAGUUGAUGGAGGCUGUAGAUGAAUAUAUCCCUGAUCCAGUGCGUCAGCUUGAUAAACCAUUCCUAAUGCCAAUAGAAGAUGUAUUUUCAAUUCAGGGACGUGGAACUGUUGCUACUGGGCGUGUUGAACAAGGAACCAUAAAAGUUGGAGAAGAUGUGGAGAUUUUAGGACUGAUGCAGGGCACUUUAAAAUCUACAGUUACUGGUGUUGAAAUGUUCAAGAAGAUCUUGGAUCAUGGACAAGCUGGUGAUAAUGUUGGCCUUCUUCUUCGUGGCUUGAAACGAGAUGACAUUACGCGAGGAAUGGUGAUUGCAAAGCCUGGAAGUGUGAAAACAUGCAAGAAAUUUGAAGCAGAGAUAUAUGUACUUACAAAGGAUGAAGGUGGUCGUCACACUGCCUUCUUCUCAAAUUAUAUGCCUCAAUUUUACAUGAGGACUGCUGACAUCACUGGCAAAGUGGAGUUGCCUGAAAAUGUCAAGAUGGUUAUGCCUGGGGAUAAUGUUACUGCUACUUUUGAGCUGAUGUCUCCGGUUCCCCUUGAUGCAGGACAAAGAUUUGCUUUGCGAGAAGGUGGUAGAACAGUUGGCGCGGGCGUUGUUUCAAAAGUAAUAAACUGAGGCUUCAUGAUUUAGGUGAUUUUAGGUUCACUAUGGUUCUCUCUAGGCAGGUUGAUGAUAGAAAAGACUUUAAUUUGUUCAUUGUGGAAAAUACAAGACUUGAUAAGUGCUGAUGCAAAUAUUUUUUUCAUGAAAGUGUCAAAAGAAAUCCAAGUCUUGUUCAUUUUUUAUGGUAUUACUAAUAAUAUAUGUUCUUUGCAUUUAUUUGAAACUCCACUCUAAUUUCUUGAAGGAGUUUAUUUGCUUGUGUUA